AAGAAAAUCAGUACAGAUAGAAAGGAGUAUCCUCCCUUCUAUUUGUUGUUAUAGCCGGGUGUUCCUGUUCCUGUUUUUGAACUUCAUAAAGUGUAUAUAAAUGUAUUUGAAACAGUGUUGGAUAUACAACUGAACAUGUCUACCCAGCGGUCACUCGGAUCAGGGAGUGAGUACCCUAGUCGGGAGCAGGGUGUUCUAAGAUUAUACAGCAUGCGGUACUGUCCUUACGUGAAAAGAACCCGUCUCGUCCUGGAGCACAAAAACAUUCCGUAUGAGACCGUUAACAUUGAUCUCACCAAUAAGCCAGAAUGGUACUUGCAAAAGAUAAACUGUCUUGGACUCGUUCCCGCCAUUGAAAAUGAUGACGUCAUAAUUUUUGAUUCCGUCAUCAUUAAUGAAUACCUUGAUUCAGUCUUCCCAGGUGAAAAAUUAAUACAGAAUGAUCCUUAUCAAGCGGCAAAAGACAAAAUGGUCGUGGAAAUAUGGUCAAAGGUUGUGACACAGUAUUACAGAAUAUUCUAUCCUGGCGGAAAGGAAGAGGACGUUGUUCCAGAAUUGUUAUCGGCAUUAGAUCGUGUUGAAAAAGAACUGGAAGCUAGAAAUACUAAAUUCUUUGGAGGAGACAAACCCAUGAUGAUCGACUUCAAUAUAUGGCCACAUAUGGAGCGUUUAAGUCUAUUCGAUGUGCAGGUUCCAGGUUUCAAACUCGACAACGAAAGAUUCAAACAUGUAACCGCAUGGAUUGACAAAAUGACAAAAGUACCAGCUGCGGAAAAGACAAAAUUGCCAUUAGAUAACUUUAAAAUUUUCGUACAGUCGGUUAAAAACGGAAAGAUGGAUUGCGACGCUGGUCUAGAGGAAUAGAGAACGACUUAACAAAUUCUUGAUGUAGAGACGGAAAUGGAAAUUCUGAGUAGAGGCACUUAUUCACGGUCAGGGAAAAUGAAUGGACUGUCUUCAGAUACACAGAUUUGAAAAACAACAAAAGCAGAAGUGAAAAAAACUUGUAUCAGAUAUUUGUAAAAGCGCAUGAUACAUCAUUUUUUAUUGCGAUGAUUAACAGUUCACAUGUGAUGAACAUGAUAAUAUGACAGUAUUUUGGAGUUUAAGCAUACCCAAAAGGUUUUUGUUUCGUUUCAUUUACACCACUUUAGAACUUAUUUUCUAUGUUAAAAAACUUUGUAAUCCUAUCACUCAUAUAUUUUAGUUUUUGCAAUGCUAUGAUAUUAAGUUGUAGAUUGAAUUAGCAUUACCAACAGAAUAAUACUUUACAAAUGCAAGUACUUCACUAUACAUGUGCUGUGUAAUUGUGAUAAUUUGCAUCCAACAACAGUCUCUAUUACCUGCCACCAAAACAAAAAAAAAAGAUAAACAAAAAACCAAAAAAGAACGAGAUGCCUAACGCUGUUGUUGCAUUAAUAAUUUUAAUGUUAAAGUUAUUAAACUGAAAUAGUAUCCAUGUAUUGCUCACAACAGAUGACAUUCAUUUAAAUCGUUUUCUAGAAAUAGUAUUCCUAUGUUAAUUGACACAAGGAGAGACAUUUAUUGGAAAUAGCAUAACUUCGUUGUUUUAUAGGAACAUUUAGUCAUUUUCUGAAGAAAACCGUAUACAUGUGUUGCUCCUUUCAUUGAUAAAAGAUAUCUAUUGAAAAUAACAUCUUUUU